AAGUGCUGCGCUUUGACGGUCUGACUUCAAUGUCUCAUGAAUGACAGCCGCUGUUUUAGCUGCGUGACAUUGUGACUCCACGGGACAUCUCAACACUACAUAAUUUCCACGGGUCGACAGGUGAACAGCGGUGGAUGUGAUGCGCCACAGUGUCUGGGUUUACGCGUAAAAGGAGAGUGGCGGCGCACGGUUGCGUUGCCUCAGAGGUUACCAAACCGACCGUCCGGUGUCAUGUCAGCUCUGUGUUUUGGCUGCACAGUCAAAUUCAGCCUGAUCGGUUUAAAAGGAGAGUAACACGCACUUACAGAGAGAGUUUCUGUACGUGGACUGAUCCUGGAGGAAUGGUGUUGGACUUGAAGUGCCUUUACGACUCGAUCUGCUCCACUUGUGUCUGACCUACUGUUCCCACCACCUGAAGUCUGCUCACUUUAAGUUUACAGGUGCAUGAUGUACACGAUCACCAGAGGUCCCAGCAAACUGGUCACCCAGAGACGCACAGGUCCUACACAGCCACUGGAAAACAAAAUCAACGACUUUAAGCACAAACAAACAUCCUGGUCUAUGCCUGACCUCCCUGCACCCAAGAUAGUUUUCCACCGUGCAAAUGGUAAAAAGUACCACCACCCUACUCCGGCUCUCCCUGUGGUCGAGCAGCAGGAAGAGAGUUUCACCCCUGCACAUGAGGAAAACGUGAAGUUUGUGUAUGAAGCUUGGCAGGAGGUUGCAGAGCAGGGGCCAGAGGACCAAGGACCAGUCCACUAUAAGGAGACGACGCCAAACCCACAGAUGAACGAUUUUGUUCCAAUUGACCUGGAUGAAUGGUGGGCGCAGCGCUUCCUUGCCAACAUAGACAAACUCUCCUGACACUCUGGUGGAUUUUGACUGACAGUUAGGAGAUGCAGCCUGAAGCAGGAGGCCUCACCACGGACCGGAGGAGGCCUGGAGGCGGCAGGUUGUGGUGGGUCGACGUGUCCCGAUGUGGUUCAGAUACACGGACAGCGCUGGGAUGCUGACGUCGAAACCACAGAUCACUUGAAUUGAACUCGAGCCUUUUAACUAUGAUCCAUCCAGUUCUAAUUUUCAGUCUGGGAUUGAUGCCACAAUGCAGCACAAACAUCUGGAAGCUGAAGUUUGUCCAUAACCCAACAGUCAUGUUACUUUGAAAUGCAGUAAAAAAAAAAAAAAAUGUUUUC